UCGGGCCGUAGUUGGAUCGGCGGCCACGAAAAUCAUCAUCAUCAAUCAUUGGCGCUCUCCUCAAGGACAUGGUGUCGAUUGGUUUGCAUUCAGGGGUGGUUCUCCGCUGAUUCUCUCUCCCUGAUUUGCGAACUGUGUUUUGAUUUCACCAAGUCGAGAAUGCUUUGACUGUGUUUGGCUGCUCACGAUCUAGUCAAGAAACUGCAAAGUAACACAAUUAUUCCGUCGGCGCCACCAUGAAUAGCUAUAGCUUUUCACUGGCAGAAAGACUGAUUCCUGCCACUUACUUGCAACAAGCUGCGUCUGCCAAGAAGUCCAGAGAAAAUUUAAUUAGGCAGCUCAUCGAACAGCGAAAAUGGCCAGAGGACGGCUGGGACGACGCAACCAUCGAGUACUUCCUCUCCGAACUGGCUCAAAUGGACAGCAACAACUUCCCCGGACACAGCAGCAUUGGCGAGCGGGAAGCGCGGAUCGCUUCCUCCCUCGUGGCUCGCAGACACUACAGAAUGGCCCACGGCAUUGGCCGCUCCGGUGACCUAGGCGAGGUUCAGCCCAAGGCGGCCGGCUCAAGUCUCAUGAACAAGCUCACCAAUGCCUUGGUAUUGGAUGUAAUUAGGUUUACAGGUGUCAAAACCUCAGCAGGUUGUUUUGUUGUGCCGAUGGCCACGGGGAUGAGCCUCGUACUGUGUAUGUUAGCUUUAAAACAGGAGAGAGAACAAGCCAAAUAUGUGCUGUGGUCCCGAAUCGACCAAAAGGCAUGUUUCAAGUGCAUCAUCACAGCUGGGCUUACACCUGUCGUAAUUGAGCCAAACCUAGUGGGAGACGAACUGAGAACAGACGUAGCAGCUUUAGAAACACAAAUGCAGCAGCUUGGGCCAGCCAACAUUGUCUGCGUGUUGUCCACGACCAGUUGCUUUGCCCCACGAGCGCCCGACUCGUUAGAGCAGGUGGCAGUCUUGUGCGCCCGAAACAACAUUCCCCACAUUGUGAAUAACGCCUACGGGCUCCAGAGUGCCAGAUGCAUGCAUCUUAUCCAAGAGGCUUCACGGAAAGGACGGGUCGAUGCAUUUGUACAAAGCACGGACAAGAAUCUCUUGGUGCCAGUCGGUGGAGCCAUAAUUGCCGGCUUUGACAAAGGCUUUGUCGAAAGGAUUUCCAAAAUGUACCCAGGUCGGGCUUCGUCCAGUCCAGCGUUGGAUGUUUUUAUUACGUUGUUGUCUCUUGGAGUGAAGGGAUUCAAAGACUUGGUGACGCAACGCAAAGAGAUGUACUCACUGUUAAAGGAGGAAUUGGGCAAAGUGGCCCAAAAACAUGGAGAACGACUUCUAGAAACAAAGAGCAAUCCGAUCUCAAUUGCUAUGACCUUAAGCUGUCUAGCUGGAGGUGAUCCUAAGAGCAUUUCAAUGCUGGGCUCGAUGCUGUUUUUGCGAUGCGUCUCCGGCUCCAGAGUGAUUACGGGUGUAGAAGUGAAAGACGUCUCUGGUCACAAAUUUGAAGGUUGGGGCUCUCACCACUCCUCCUACCCUGUCCCCUACCUAACAGCUGCAGCAGCCAUUGGUAUGAGGAGACAAGACGUCGAACUAUUUGUCCACAGACUUGAUAAAGCUCUAGGAAAAUUGAAAGGGCGAACUUCUGCAUCCACUCCCACGUCUGUCGAGGAACUCCUGUCGUCGUCCGGCCGACGGGGUGCCACUAGUCGGUCGACAAACUCGUCUGUUGUGAAUGGUGACGCCGAAGCAAGUGGCUCCAGCGCCGGCACCUCGCUCGCCUCCAGCAAAGACAGUUUGAGGAAGUAGAUGCAAAAUCAGGCAAAACACAAUCUUAAUCUUACUCUCCAUAACCAUUAAAUGUUGCCAUGCCCUAGUUGCCCCAACCAAAAUCAUAUCCUUUACACACCCAUUGUUUUCGCUUUGGUCGUCAAGUUUGCUUUUGUACGUUUCACGCAUUCCCCCCAUUUCGAUUGGCAAAUUACACUGCGGGCGCCAAGGCAUGUUGAUGCAUUUUUAGGUGGACUUUAUACCUAGCCGAGGUCAUAAUUUUAGAAUUGAAAUACAUUUAAAGAAAAAAAAGAUGGUGACGUUUGAACUUAUUCCGGCCUGUGUAGAGUAAAAGACGUAAUUUGAACGCCGCCGUUCCAAUUUAUGCAAUGCAUAAAUAAGACAUAAGUUGCUACUCUUAAACAAAUUCUCAAUCCGAGUACAUUCCAAAUGGCGAGACACGAACACACCCACACACAAAAAGCUAAAUCAUGUUACAGUGAAUGGUUUUUGAUCUAUUAAAAAGAAUUUAAAAAAGAUUACGCAAUAAAUUUAAGAUUAAAGGAGGAACACCUUAUAUAAGAUAUUUUCUCUAGGUCAUAAGGACAUUGGGAAAUCGAGUUUUUACAUUCAAAUUGGUUUGUACAGGUUGAGUAGGCAUAGGAAGGACUUGCGCCCCCUCGGUUGUUCCGUUCAAUGCGUUUUCUCCCAAGAAUGCAAGUCGGUUUGCACUUCUUCUGAAAAAGAGGCUUCGAUUCCACUUGUGUUUGUACCAUUUAGGAAAAUCUUGGCAAGUCUCGGUCUUGCAUGUUAAAUAGCUUUAAAUAUAUUUCUAUAGGUCAGAUCCUCACAGGGCAAGAUCAUGAUUUUUUAACUAACGCAAACAGGGGUACUAGAAACUAUUCAGAAGUCACACGCCAAUACUAUUUGUACGUCAAUAUGUGCGCGGUUUUAAUUGGAAAUUUGAAAGGUAUGGGAAAAAAUAAAAGAGUAUAAAACAAUUCUUGGGCGGUGCGGCGAGCGCAGAUAAAACGCAGAAUCUCCUUCCGGUUAAUUAAUUAAUUUCCACAGAGCGCACCGUAUUAAAGUACUUAAUUAGCGGAAGCGUCGCAGAAAAUGUUGGUGUGGGUCUGCGUUUUCAGUAAAGACACAAUUCUAGUCAGCUGAAAGUAGUGCAUGUCGAUAAAGAGACACUUUUUCAUUUUGAAAACGGCUUGAUUGACUCACUUUAAAAAGACACACACACACUCGUUACUACUUCUACUUGUAGGUACCGAUUUUCGACAAGAUAUUCUUCAAAACGAAUAGCGCAAGUUGGACAAAAAAAAGAGAAACAAGGAGAAAAUAAUGACACCCUAGUUUGUGGCUGUUGAUUUUUCUGGUUAUUGUUUAUUGUUUCAGCCAGUUCCUAUUCAUGUUUGCUUUUGAUAUUAUUGUAAUUAAAUCAUCACUAGCGAUUGGUCAGUGAAUGCUAUUACGGCGACGAAUAAUAAUUUAUUGUUAGAAGGAUGAAAGAAUAAAUGAACAAAUAAACAUUCAAACCGCCUCUUGUUUACUUCCUGCCC